CGGCCCAGCUACCCGCCCCAGGUGCCCCAGCGGCCCAGCUACCCGCCCAACCAGUUUCAGCCUGAGCCUGAGGUGCCCCAGCGGCCUGAGGUGCCCCAGCGGCCUGAGCCUGAGGAGCCCAAGCAGCCCCAGUUGCCCCAGCGGCCCAGCUACCCGCCCCAGCGGCCUGAGCCUGAGGAGCCCCAGCGGCCUGAGCCUGAGGAGCCCCAGCGGCCUGAGCCUGAGGAGCCCCAGCGGCCUGAGCCUGAGGAGCCCAAGCAGCCCCAGUUGCCCCAGCGGCCUGAGCCUGAGGAGCCCAAGCAGCCCCAGUUGCCCCAGCGGCCUAGCUACCCGCCCCAGCGGCCUGAGCCUGAGGAGCCCAAGCAGCCCCAGUUGCCCCAGCGGCCUAGCUACCCGCCCCAGCGGCCUGAGCCAGAGGAGCCCAAGCAGCCCCAGUUGCCCCAGCGGCCUAGCUACCCGCCCCAGCGGCCU